AGAUUCCUCUUUUAUACUCCCAACCCCUCUUUCCCACUUGUAUUUCUACUAUUUCAAAUUAGCCCAUUUCAUUUUCAGUGUUUUUACACCAACCCUUUUCAUCUUUCUUCAACUUUUUGUGAGAAAUGUCACUUUUUUCAAAAGAAACUUGAACUUUGAUUGAAAAAAGUACCCAUUUUGAGAAGAAAAUAGGAGAAGUUGAAGUUGAAGUUGAAGAUGAAGAUGAUUCAGUCACACCAGUCAAGCAUUUCAAAGUUGUCAAACCUUGUUUUUAAAUUAGCCCAUUUUAUAGUUUUGCUUGAGCUACUAAUUUUCACCAUUCAACCAGUCUCAAGCCAGGAAUGGGAUGGUGUAAUUGUGACUCAAGCAGAUUACCAAGCACUUCAGGCCUUCAAGCAAACCUUGAUAGAUCCCAAAGGCUUCUUGAAGAGCUGGAAUGACAGUGGUUUUGGAGCCUGUUCUGGAGGCUGGGAAGGGAUCAAAUGUGCUCAAGGCCAAGUUAUUGUGAUCCAGCUUCCAUGGAGAGAACUAAGUGGUAAAAUAACCGAUAAGAUUGCGCAGUUUCAAGCUCUAAGAAAGCUCAGUCUCCACAAUAAUUUCAUUGGAGGCCCUAUUCCAGUGGGAUUAGGCUUUCUUCCAAAUCUCAGAGGAGUUCAGCUAUUCAACAAUCGGUUUUCUGGUUCGAUCCCAGCCUCACUGGGCCUAUGUCGAAGUCUUCAAACACUUGAUCUUGCUAAUAAUUCUCUCACAGGCAACAUUCCAGCUAGUCUUGCAAACUCUAGUAAGCUUUUCAUGCUCAAUGUUAGCUUUAACUCAUUGUCUGGUUUAAUCCCCACUAGUCUUAUGCAAUCAUCUAGUCUCAAAUUCUUGGCUCUUCAAAACAACAAUCUUUCUGGCCCAAUUUCAGAUUCUUGGGGAGAACCAUCAGGUAUAAAUGUCUCUCGCAUUCAAUUGUUAACACUUGAUCAUAAUGCUUUUACCGGAAGCAUACCGGCUUCUUUAGUCCAGUUGAAAGAGAUUCAAGUACUUACAUUGAGUCAUAACAAAUUUAGUGGGGAAAUACCAAGUGAGAUUGGUGGACUUUCCAAGCUUAAAACUUUAGAUUUCUCUUUUAAUUCCAUCAAUGGAAGCUUACCCAUUAGCCUAUCGAAUCUAUCUUCACUCACUUUCUUGAAUCUUGAAAGCAACAAUCUUGAUAACAAUAUCACAGAGAGUAUAGGUGAGUUGCAUAACCUUACAGUCCUCAACUUGAGGAAUAACCAUUUUGUUGGUGAAAUUCCUGGCUCUAUUGGGAAAAUUGUUAGUCUCGGACAACUCGAUGUUGCUCAUAAUAAUCUAACAGGUGGAAUCCCUGUUUCCCUUGGUGAUUUACCCAAUCUUAAGUCUUUCAAUGUUUCAUAUAAUGACCUCUCUGGCCCUGUUCCAAUUCUGCUUUCCCAAAAAUUCAAUUCGAGUGCUUUUGUGGGUAAUCUUCAGCUCUGCGGCUAUAGUGAUUCGACGUUGUGUCCUGUGUCUCCCUCCCCAUCAGAGGAGAAAAAGAAAGACCAUGGAAACAAAUUAAGCACCAAAGAUAUUAUUCUCAUUGCAGCUGGGGCUUUGUUGGUAGUGUUACUGUUGCUGUGUUGUAUACUGCUCUGCUGCUUGUUCAGGAGGAGAACAGAGUCGAAAGGAAAAGAUAGUGAGGCUGCCACAAGGGCGGUUCCUCCUCCAAGUGGCGAUAAGCAGGUCCCCCCCACUGCAAGUGAAGUUGAAGCUGGGGGAAGUGGAGGAAAUGGUGGAAAACUUGUCCAUUUUGAUGGACCUAUAGUUUUUACAGCUGAGGAUUUGUUGUGUGCCACAGCUGAGAUUAUGGGAAAGAGUACUUACGGAACAGUUUAUAAGGGCACGCUGGAAGAUGGCAAUCAAGUAGCGGUGAAGAGAUUGAGAGAAAAGCUGACAAAGAAUCAGAAGGAAUUUGAGAAGGAGGUUAAUGUGAUUGGGAAAAUCCGACAUCCUAAUCUUUUGGCUAUGAGGGCGUAUUAUAUGGGACCUAAAGGAGAAAAACUUCUUGUCUUUGAUUAUAUGCCAAAAGGAAGUCUUACAACAUUUCUCCAUGCUCGAAGCCCUGACACGCCUAUCAAUUGGCUAACAAGAAUGAAGAUUAUGCAAGAAAUUGCAAAGGGCUUGUUACACCUCCACAAUAAUGCGAAUAUGAUCCAUGGGAAUCUUACGUCGAGCAAUGUUGUGCUUGAUGAGCACACAAAUGCCAAGGUUGCAGAUUUUGGGCUAUCUCGGCUGAUGACAGCUGCUGCCAACUCUAAUGUGAUUGCAACAGCAGGAGCUUUAGGUUACCGAGCACCAGAGCUAUCAAAGAUCAAGAAAGCAAACAGGAAGACAGAUGUAUACAGCCUCGGAGUUAUCAUACUUGAACUUCUAACUGGGAAGUCUCCGGGGGAGGGAGCAGACCUGCCUCAAUGGGUAGCUUCCAUUGUAAAGGAGGAAUGGACAAAUGAGGUAUUUGACUUGGAACUGAUGAAAGAUGCAUCUGCAAUAGGCGAUGAAUUGUUAAAUACAUUGAAACUGGCUUUGCAUUGUGUUGAUCCUUCGCCUUCAUCGAGGCCAGAAGUUCAGGAAGUUCUUCAGCAGCUUGAGGAGAUCAGAUCAGAUACCACCCCGACUUCUAGUGAUGAAGCAGGAGCUGGCACUUCAACAGCUGUCUGAACUUUGGUUUCAAGUGCUUAGCAUAGAAGAUGAUUCUUUCAUUCAAAUAGGCUGUCAGCAAUGUUUUUUGUUUAGUAAAACAUCAUGUGAUGUCUGAUAGGUUGCAUUAGUGAGAAGCUUUAUUGGGAAACAUCAUAUGAUGUUUAUGCCUCAGUGAUAAUUUCAUUAAUUUAAAAUGUUUCUAUUAUUUUAUAUC